ACUUGGGAUGGAAGGAAAGCGGUGAGAGAGUUCUGACGACGAAAGCUGGUGCACAAGGUGGACGUAACACUGGAGCAGCCACACAUCCGGCAGGCAUCACAGUAGGAACGGCUGGUGUUGGGUUCACCACCACAGCAGCACCACAUCCUGGAGCAACAUCGAAGUCCGGAUACCAUGAGAGUGCCGAGAAAGGUAUGACGACAAAAGCUGGUGCACAAGGUGGACGAACCACAGGAGAAGCCGCACAACCUCGAGUCAACACAGAAGGCACCGCACAUGUUGGAUUCAC